UUUAGAUUAAUGUUUAUUGAGCCGUUUUCAGAGGCUGUCCGAGGGGAGAAAUGAAGCCUUUUGAGAACAUUAAGGAGCCCCAGCCUCCAAGAGCACGGGUGUUGUUAUGGGCAGAUCUGAAACACAGUGAUAUGGAAGAGAUAGAGAAGACCAAUUCCAUACCUGAGAUUGAAAGGAUUUUGUGCCGUGCAUUAUUGGUCUCUGAUGUGCCUCAGCCAAAACAGGGAGUACUUCUUGAGUUGUAUACAAAUCUAGUGCUGUUCUGCAGAGAGAGAAAUUUCAACAGGGAACAAACUUCUGUUCUCAUCUCCAUUAUAAAAAACGUGCAUCAGUUCAACACAGAAACACCCCUGGAUAACACAGAUCACUGUUUGACCUACUGCAGUGAACUUCUGCUUUGCCAUUCAGUCAGGAGGCCUCCUUUCAGUAUCGACCUUUUCAGCUCGGAGCAAAUGACACAAAUUUUAUACUAUUUCAUCAACACAUAUAUGAGACAUUAUUUUUUAUACAAAUACAUUUUUACUCCAGAGGUACAGUUGGAUAUAUCCAUGUCAUAUAUUGGAAUACCUGAGGAGGACGCCAAUAUAGAGGAAACUGCCCAAUCUGAAAGUACUGCAGAUGGAGAAAAAGAAACUGAGAGGGAGACAGAAAUGGAUGGAGAAGUUCAACAAAGUGCUGCACUACCAGAAAUGAAGACCACAGAGACAGACAGUCCCAACCAAGGGUCUUCUUCAAAGUCUGAACUUAGGUCCAUAGUUCAAAAAGAAGUGAGGGAUGAAGUGAUGCGCUUGAAUGAUCAGCUACAAAAACGUCUGCAGGACAGUGCUGAUCAACUUAAUGAUACCAUUAGUAAACUGGAGGCCAAGAUUCAAGUUAAGAAGUAAGAAAAUAUGUUCCACAUCUUUAGUUUAGUUUUGAAACCACUCAUUUCAAAAGUAAAAACACAUAAAAUACAGUAAUUAUAUUAUUCAUAUAUGUUUACCUGUUUAGAUUUACUACAGUACCUUGAUGAUGAAUGGAUAAUGUCUAGUCAACUGUGAUAAAAAGAAACAAGUGGUAAAACAUGUAGAGGUUAAAAAGGAAUAAAACCUGUACACACAAUUUUGUAAGGAUUUUAAAACAACUCUCAGUAGUAAUGCGAUGUUUCAAGUAUGUUAUCCUUUGUAUUGAAAGUCUUAAAAUCCUGUUAAAUGUUCCCUGUUGAUCUAUGGUUUAGGCCUCAACAAUCUGGAAUUGUUUUCGAAGCAUAACAGUAAUAAUAAAUUCAAAUACAAUCUG